AUGCGCUUAUCUUCUCUCACCCCAGUGUAUUAUAUCCCUGCCCUGUUCAUCCUCCACCCCCUCACUGUCCCGCCCACCCUCCAACAACUCCAACCCUCCAACAUUCAACAGCUCCAACCACUCCAACACUCAACCCUCCAACCUCAACCCUCCCCAACACUCAAAUCCCCAACCCCCUCCAACCCUCAACCCUCCAACCCUCCACCCUCCAACUCCCUCCAACACUUCCAAACCCUCCAACAAUCCAAACCCUCCAACCCUCUCCAAACCCUCCAACCACUCCGACCCUCCGACCCUCCGACCGCGACCCUCCAACCACUCCAACCCUCCAACCUCCAUAAACCACCUCCAACCUCAACCCUCCAACCCUUCCAACCCUUCCACCCUCCAACCCUCCAACCCACUCCAAACCUCAACACUCCAAACGCCUCCAAGCCCAUCCAACACUCCAACCCUCCAACCCUUCCAACCACUUCCAACCCUCCAACCCUCCAACACGCCAACCCCCAACACUCCCAACCCUUCAACACUCCAACCCUCCAACCCUGCCAACACUCAACCCUCCAACACUCCAUCCCCCAACACUCCAACCCGCCAACCCUGCCAACCUCCAACACGCCAACCCUGCCAAAACGCACCUCCAACCCCGCCAAACCCUCCAACCUUUCCAAACCCUCCAACCUCCACCCAGCCAACACGUCAACCCGCCCAACCCGCCAACCCGACCAACCACUCCACCCAAACCCGCCAACCCCCCAACGCCAACACGCCAACAGCCAACCCUGCAACACGCCAACCCGCAACCGCCAACACUCAACCCCAACACGGCCAACCUCCAACAGCACACCCAACCGGCCAACCCCCACCAACCGCCCACACGCCAUCCCUGCCAACACCCAAACCUCAACCACGCCAACGCCAACCUCAGACCGCAACACGCCACCCGCAACACGCACCCCCACACGUGCCCAAACCAGCAACCCGCCAAACCCAAACCCCGCCCAAAACGCCAAACAAACGCCUAAACUCGGCCGUGGACAUUACAACGCGGGAUAA